UUGUGGUCACACCGGCGUCUACUAUUUGUGAAAUUCUCUCGAUUUGUUGGAAAAAUAAGUGAAAAUGGGUUCUUCAUCGUCUGGGAAAAAGCACAAGAAAGACAAGAAGGCCAGACAUCGUUCGCGUUCGCCGGAGCACCAUCAGCGCGGCACUGAGGACGAGGAUGUGACCCUGGAUCUCACCGACGACUCCGCGACGCGCCACAGACACCACAAACACAAGAAGCACAAGGAGUCCAAAGAUAAGGAGCAUCGUCACAGGCAUCACAAGCACAAGGAGCGGGAGCGACCCAGCGAGGUCAUCUCCCUCGAGGAAUCGGACUCCGAUAGUUCGGACUGUGUGGAGGUUCCGGUGCAGGAGCAGGCCAACAAGGUGAGGGAGUCCUCCCACCGCGACAGGGAACGUGACACUGGACGCGAACGUGAUCAGCUACGAGAAAGGGAAAGAGAGCAACGGGAACGUGAACGGGAACGUGAGAAGGAUCGGGAGCGGGACCGUGAACGUGAGCGCGAAAAGGAGCGCAUUAAAGAGCGGGAGGAGCGUGAAAGAGAGCGCUUAAAGGAGCGAGAGAAGGAGCGCGAAAGGGAACGUGACCGGGAGCGCCUCAAGGAACGAAGCGAAAGGGAGCGUGACCGUCAACGCGAAAGCGAACUCACCGCUCCACCACCGCCCCAAAUCUCCAAGCACGCCGAAUAUGAAUCCCGGCGUGAGCGGGAAAUUGAGCGUGAACGGGAAGGCCGGAAGAGGGCUGGCAGGGAGAGGGAACGCGAACGCAACCGUGAACGCUCUCGAUCCCAAACGCCGCCCUCAGCGACACGAAAGCCAAACUCCUCGCGUUCCUUCUCUCCCAUUCCCGAGAACGGAGCUGGUGACGUUCUGUCCGUUGAGGAAACAAACAAACUACGCGCCAAACUUGGCCUGAAACCUUUGGAAGUGGAGAGUGGCCCCAGCAAGGUCACCCCCACAGCUGGAAGCAGUAGUCAUGCGGAGAGUAAGAGACCAGCUGGUGAGGCCGAUCUCUCCUCCUACAAGGAUGAGUGGGGUGAAUUCCUCCAUAAGCCGGCCGACAACCUCAAAGAGAAGAAGGAGGCGGAGAAGCUGCGCGAGAAACUGAAGCAGCGCAAAGAGAAACGCUUCUUAGAGGAGCGACUGGCACGCAUUAAAACACUCGGUGAGUCUGACGAAGAAACAGACAAUGCGGCCAAAUGGGUGGACAGAAACAAGCGAGUGGUUGACGAACGCGAAGAGGCCAAGCGUAAGGCCAAAGAGCUGGAGGAACUGGAUGAGGCCUUUGGAGUCACAGAAAUGCUCGAAAAAGAGAAAUCCAAGGUGCGCCAGCGGGCCUAUGGCGAUAACAACCUAAAAGGUCUGCGUGUGGAACACGACAUGGAUGACUUUGGAGGGCGCACUGUUAUUCUCACACUAAAGGACCAAGACGUGCUCAAUGAGGAAGAGGGCGACACCUUAGUCAAUGUCAACAUGCUGGAUGAUGAGCGGUACAAGAAGAAUGUGGCAAACAAGAAGCAGAAUCCUCUCAGCUAUGGCUACAAUGUCUAUGAGGAGCAAUACGAUGAGUUGGGCAAUCCCAUCGAGCGGUCGGUGCUGGAAAAAUAUGAUGAUGAGAUCGAGGGUCAGCCGAAGAAGCGCAAGAACUUUGUGAUUGGAGAGAACGUAGAGGAGGAGCGGGAACAUAGGCGCAAGCUGCUCGAGAUUAAGACGAAAUUGGCUGGUAAACGUUUGGAAACCUUGGAGGAUACCAAUCUGCAGCUGGCCUCGGAUACAUACAGUACCGAGGAAUUGGCCAAGUUUAAGAAGCCCAAGAAAAAGGUGAAGAAACUUCGCCAAAAACUAAAAGCCGAAGAUCUGGAGCCUUUGGUUGAGCCGGGAACUUCUGGAAAUUCCUCAAACUUUGGUAGCCGCCAUGGACGUUAUCGUGAUCACGAAGAUGCAGAAAUGGAGGACAUUAAGCCAGACAUAAAAAUAGAAGGAGAGGAUGACGACUUGGAGCGCGUCCUAUCGAAAGCUCGCAAGCUAAAACAGAAAGAGAAUAUUAUCAAGAAGCCCAUGGUCAUCGACAUUGAGUCAAUUCAGAGAGACAUUAAGCCAGAACCCGUGGAGGAAGCCAGCUCAUCAGGUGUUGUGUUCACCGGUGCGGACGGUAACAUUGUGCUGAAUGCUACGGCAGAGUUUUGCCGCACCUUGGGCGACAUUCCUACAUAUGGCAUGGCAGGAUCGUAACGAGACUCCAACGAUAUGAUGGACUAUGAAAAGACCGAGAAUGCUGAGGAGCACAUGGAUACGCAUAGUGACGAGCCUAGCCAUAGUCAUGGCACUUGGAACUCCGUUAAUCCGGAUGAAGUUAUGCAGCCUGCUGAUUUGGAUAAUCUGGGCGAUGACCUGGAGGAUCGUGCCAUAUUAGAUGAGGAGCCCGAUGUGGGAGCUGGCGUGGCAAAUGCCCUGCUUGCUCUGUCCAAGGGAUACCUUGAAAAGGAGGAGAAGAACAGGCCGAGCAACACCAAAAUGGCCCAUCUGCAGGCCAAAUAUUCCAUCGAGGACAAAGCUGCCGGGGAGGACGACAAAAUUGGACGUCGCGAUCGGUUCCAACAUGGUCCCAUUAUGGACUUCAAGGACAAGGAGACCUUCAAGCCCAAUGUCAAGCUGGACUACAUUGAUGACAAUGGUCGCAUAUUGAACCUCAAAGAGGCUUUCCGCUAUUUGUCACACAAGUUCCAUGGCAAGGGGCCGGGCAAGAACAAGAUUGAGAAGCGUCUGAAGAAAAUGGAGCAAGAUGGGUUGAUGAAAACCAUGAGCUCGACGGAUACACCCUUGGGCACUCUGACCAUGUUGCAGCAGAAGCAAAAGGAGACCAAGACCGCCUAUGUGGUGCUCAGUGGCAGCAACAAAAACGCUGCAGGUGUCAGUGGCUCUUCGAUAGCCAAAUUUAAGUAGAACGGAAGAGGGAAGGCAGGAUGGAUUACAAUUACAAUUACCAAGAUAUAACCAUAACCAAAUGCAAUAGAAACUUCCUACCCAAAUAUGUAA